AGCUCUUAUUGAAGAGGAAUGGCAGCAUUGUAUGCCAAACUCAAGUUGAUUUUCAGCAAAGAAAUACAAGCUGGUGUGAAAUGUGAAAUAAAAUGGAAAAUAAAAAGAAAAGAAAUAUAUGGAGAGAAAAAGAAAUAAUAGAAAUGAUUUCUAUUAUAAAAGAAAAGCAUAUAUUAAAAUUGUUGGACAGCAAAAUAAAAAGGAAUCGAAGCAUUUUUGAAGAAGUGGCUCGUGCAUUGAAUUCCAAAGGAAUCAAAAAGGACGCCAUCCAAAUUAGAGCGAAAUUCAAAUCACUGAAAAGCGAUUAUUACAAAGCCAAGCGGAAUAAUAAUAGCAGUGGUGCUGAAAGACAAACCUGUGAUUAUUUCGAAAUGUUAGAUGAAGUGCUUGGUCAUCGACCUGCAGUAUCUGUAGAGGGCGUGGACACUUCACAAACCGAGCAGCCAGCAGACGACACAAAUACUUCGCAAAGCAGCUAUUUAGAAGUGGAAGCAGAUUGUAUUGAAGAAAACGAACAUGCCGAUGUUUCGGAAUCCAGUCCCUCAUGCAGUACUCCUCGUAAUCCGAAAACGUUCAAAAAUCAAAAAAAAAACUCAUAUCUGAAAGCUAUGGAGUCUUUUACAAACGAGUGGAAGAAAACGCAGGAAAACUUAGUCGAUUCCAUGAAGAAGCAAGACGAAGCCCAUUUUAGUAAAGUGGAACUUCUAUUAGAAAGAAAUCGCAAACAGCCCCAAAAAAUGUUAGAGAAUGAUCGCCACGAAACCGCCAAGAUGUUUUCUUCUCUGUUAAGCACGAUGCAGAUGUCACAACCGUCAAACAUUCCUGUUUCCAUGCCUCAUCACCUCCUCUCACCCUCUCUUGCUCUGGCGCCGGAAAUCGUAUCAGCAACGCCUGGUGAAUUUGAUAUUUUUGGGUCACAGCAAACUCCAGAAUAA